CAAAAAUAUUCACAAAAUCCAAGAAAAAAAAAAAGGUUUCAGAUUCUCGUGAGUUUUGAGUUUCUCUUUCUGCGGAAAAUAUCUAUCUUCUUGUUUAUAUGUAUAAAUAAUAAGUACACAUAUAUAUCAAGCACACUCCUCUUUACACCGUCUCCAACACGAAAAAAAACAAAAGGCAGUUCCUUUUUUUCUGCAAAUUCCACUCAUUCACCAUGUUUGCUUCAUGAUUUCUUUUUCUACUUUUUGCAGCUUUCUCUCUUUUUCUUCUUAUAUAAGCAAUUGCUGGGUUUUGUGCAGUUUUCUUUUAUCAGUGAGUGAAAAAUGAGGAGAGUCUUAAUGGUGAAUUUUGGGUUUCUUCUUCUGUUCUGUUUUGGUUUUUUGUCGAACACCUUGGGACAAGAUACUACUGAUGGUACUGAUGCAAACUGCACUACGGCUGUUUACAUUGUUACUCUGAGGCAAGCUCCUACUCUUCACAUUUUCCAACAAGAAGAAGAAGAGCUGAAAAGAGUCAGAGAUGGAGACACUUCAAAGUUUACUAGACCAAAACUCCAACCAAGGAACAUCUCAUCAAAGUCACGUUAUUGGAGGUCAAGGAGGUCAGCAGUUGCUCAAGCUCAUGACUCUUUGCUGAGAAAUGCGUUGAAGGGAGAGAAGUACAUAAAGCUUUAUAGCUUCCAUUAUCUCAUCAAUGGCUUUGCUGUGUUUGUUAGCUCACAACAGGCUGAGAAGCUUUCAAGGAGAAGGGAAGUAGCAAACAUAGUGAUGGAUUUUUCCGUUCGGACGGCUACAACUUACACACCUCAGUUCAUGGGUCUACCAAAAGGUGCAUGGGUCAAAGAAGGCGGAUAUGAAACUGCAGGAGAAGGAAUCGUUAUCGGGUUUAUCGACACUGGCAUUGACCCAACACACCCUAGCUUCAACGGCACUGACACUUCACAGCGACAGUAUCCGAUCCCUAAUCAUUUCUCAGGUGUUUGUGAAGUCACGCCGGAUUUUCCAUCAGGUUCAUGCAACAGGAAGCUCGUUGGAGCCCGCCAUUUCGCGCAGUCAGCUAUCACUAGAGGCAUUUUCAACUCAUCUGAGGACUAUGCUUCCCCUUUUGACGGCGAUGGCCAUGGCACACACACAGCUUCCAUUGCAGCAGGUAACCAUGGGGUCUCAGCUAUAGUUUCAGGGCAUAACUUUGGAAGUGCUAGUGGAAUCGCUCCUCGUGCUCAUAUUUCUGUUUACAAGGCAUUGUAUAAGAGUUUUGGAGGAUUUGCUGCAGAUGUUGUUGCUGCUAUAGACCAGGCAGCUCAAGAUGGAGUUGACAUAUUAAGUCUAUCAAUCACACCUAACCGUCGUCCUCCUGGUGUUGCCACGUUCUUUAACCCUCUAGAUAUGGCUAUGCUAUCCGCUGUGAAAGCCGGUAUAUUCGUUGUGCAAGCUGCUGGAAACACAGGUCCUUCUCCUAAGAGCAUGUCCUCCUUCAGCCCAUGGAUUUUCACAGUUGGUGCUUCUACUCACGAUCGAGUUUACUCUAAUUCCGUAACACUAGGCAACAAUGUAACCAUUCUAGGCGUAGGACUUGCACUUCCUACUGAUGAAGGCAAGAUGUACACGAUGAUAUCUGCUGUUGAUGCAUUGAAGAACAAAAGCUCUGUAGCAGACACAGACAUGUAUGCAGGUGAAUGCCAAGAGUAUGGCAGCUUCGAGAAGGAUCUUGUCAGUGGGAAUCUCCUGAUAUGUAGCUACUCUAUUCGUUUUGUGCUCGGGCUUUCCACUAUUAAACAAGCUUUAGCUGUUGCCAAGAAUCUAUCUGCAAAGGGUGUUGUGUUCUACAUGGACCCAUAUGUUCUUGGUUUUCAGAUCAAUCCUACACCAAUGGAUGUUCCUGGAAUCAUAAUUCCAUCCCCGGAAGAUUCCAAGGUUUUACUCAAGUACUAUAACUCUACUCUUGAAAGAGACGGAACCACCAAGGAGAUUGUUAGAUUUGGAGCAGUUGCAGCCAUUACAGGUGGACAAAAUGCUAACUUCAGUAACAGAGCUCCCAAGAUUAUGUAUUACUCAGCAAGAGGACCUGAUCCAGAAGACAGCUUGUUCAACGACGCCGACGUUUUGAAACCCAACCUCGUUGCUCCUGGAAACUCCAUUUGGGGCGCUUGGAGUUCUGCUGCCACUGAUUCAGCUGAGUUUCAAGGAGAGAGUUUCGCUAUGAUGUCUGGUACAAGCAUGGCUGCUCCUCAUGUAGCUGGUGUGGCUGCACUGAUCAAGCAAAAAUUCAGAAAAUUUAGUCCUUCAGCCAUUGCUUCUGCACUUUCAACAACCUCUGUUCUGCUUGACAAUAAAGGCGAGGAGAUCAUGGCUCAACGUGCUUACGCUAAUCCUGAUCAAAACCUUUCUCCUGCAACCCCAUUUGAUAUGGGGAAUGGUUUUGUUAAUGCAACCGCAGCUUUGGAUCCUGGCCUAAUCUUUGAUACUAGUUUUGAAGACUAUAUGUCAUUCCUUUGUGGGAUCAAUGGAUCAGCACCAGUGGUGUUUAACUACACCGGCAAGAACUGUUUGCUUAGCAAUGCAACAAUCAGUGGAUCUGACCUCAACUUGCCAUCCAUCACUGUCUCGAGGCUUAAUAACACGCGAACUGUUCAAAGAAUAAUGACAAACAUUGCUGGAAAUGAGACCUAUAGUGUCGGUUUGAUUCCUCCUAUUGGUGUUUUGAUGAAGGUGUCUCCUACUCAAUUCUCUAUAUCCAGUGGAGAGGCAAAGCUACUUAGUGUAAUCCUCACAGCAAAGAAGAACAACUCUAUUGCCAGUUUUGGGAGAAUCAAUCUCUUUGGAAACAUGGGACACACUGUUCAAAUUCCUGUGUCUGUAAUAGUGAAAGUUGUCUCAAAACGAUGAACCUGAGAACUCGGUAUUACACAGAGCUUGGUAGAUAAGAUAAAUUGUAUUCAUUUCAUUAUCCAUGUAAAAAUGUCAUCAUAGCAUUUUAUAUAGUACAUGGUACAUUUUGUUGUAAUGUAUAAUUAGAGAAUAAAGAUUCAACUGUCAGAAACACACAAUAAAAGGUUUUUAGUCGUAAGUACAUUUCUUGCCUUCAUCUCUGUUUGGUUCUACCAGAAAUCGCCACAAGAACAGGAACCAUCCACGAAAUGAUGGAACCUAUUCCGAUCUCUCAUGACAAUUCUCCGUCCUGUGAUUCUCGAUAUCAGUUUUAUUACCGUAUGACAAUCUGAACACACUCGCAGGUUCUUGAAUAUCCUAAGGGGACUUCCCGGUUUGGUACUGAUCAGACCAUACGCAAUCGCGAGCCUCUCGCUAUGAACUUGUAGAGACUGCUCUUUCUCCGUCUCUUCAAGAUCUUGCAAGACCGUGUUUGUAUCUGGAACAUAGCCAUUAAACUUGGUCUGCUCGCUGAUCUUUCUCAGCAUCGCGUAAAUUUCUUUGCUUUUCGGGUGUUCUCUAUCUCCAGCUUGAAAUUCAUGAAAUUUAUCAUCGAUUUCAAUCGUGCUUACUCCUGGCUCUUUCACUACUCCUUUCUCCUUCAUCAACCUCCUAACUUUCGCCACGCCUUCAUAAUCACUCACCGAUGCGUACAUAUUCGAAAGAAGAACAUAAACUCCUGAGUUUGUGAUGUUCUGUCCAAUGAGAUACUCUGCGAUCUCCUUGCCUAACACAGAAUCCCCAUGAAGUUUACAGCUUCCGAGAAGAGAACUCCAUACGACAGAGUCAGCCUCGAUUUUCAUGUCUUUGAUGGUUUCAUAAGCCCGUUUCAGCUGGCCGGCACGACCGAGGAGACUGACCAAGCAUCCGUAAUGCUCGAUCUUGGGUUUGAUCCCAUACUCUUCUUCCAUCGACUCAAAGAUUCUUAAACCUUCGUUUACUAAUCCAGCAUGAGCACAAGCCUGAAGCAUCCCGAUGAAAGUUAUAUCCGUUGGCUGCAACCCUGCGAUUCCCUGCAUCUCAUCAAACAAUCUCAACGCGUCUUGGCUAUAACCGUGCAUUGCGUAACCAGCAAGCAUCGCAUUCCAAGCCACGAUAUCUUUCCUCGGAGUGUUGUCAAACACUGAAACUGCGUCUUCCAAGCUCCCGCAUUUGCUAUACAUAUCAAUCAAUGCCGUACAUACUUUAACAUUGAGCCUGAUGCGACUGUUCUUGAUGAAAACAUGGAUCCAGCGACCAGAUUCAAGUGCACCAAUCUGCGAGCAAGCCGUGAGAGCAGCCACGACGGUUCUUUCAUCAGGUUUUGGUUUUCCUUCGGCCAAAAGUUUCUGGAAAAGAAUCAGAGCUUUGCUUGGAAACUCAUGUUGAGCGUAUCCAUCAAUCAUCACGUUCCAAGAAACAAUGUCUCUCUCACCCAUUGUGUCGAACAAAGCUCUCGCAGCCUCAACGUUCCCGUGCUUUGCGUAGCAGGUGAUCAUAGCCGUGGAAGAAACGAGGUUUCUCUCAGGCAUUCUAUCGAACACUUUCUGGGCAGAUGCUACAUCUCCACUUUUCGCAUAAACGUCGACGAGACCAGUCGCCACGUAGGGAUCCAGCUCCAACCCACAUUUAAGGACAUGGGCAUGGAUCCAUUUGACGGACUCACUUGAGCAUGAUUUCAAAAUCGACGAGAAAGUAAACUCAUUAGGGACAAUUUGAGAAGAAAGCAAAAGAACAUAAAGCAGGAAACUUUGGUCAUGGAGGCCGUUAGUGGACGCAGUGUUGAUCGCGGCGGUGAAGAGGAACAAGUCCGGAUCGAUCGUCUGGUGAAACAGAGCCAACGAGUGGCGGAUUUUGCCAUGGGAAGCGUAUGCACGUUGGAGCUUGAGGUUUAGCACCGGGUAACGAUGGAGGAGGAGGUUAUGACGGAGAAUAGCUGCGUGGAUUUGGAGCACUUCAGCCACAGAUUCCGAUCUGUCGAUUAAAAACGCAAAUUUUUGCGGUGGCGGAAGGCGGACCCAACCGACGGUGGCGGUUGCAGCUGACGAGGAAGUGGUCAACUGUUUCUGCGGUAGUGACGUGGCGAGAAGUGGUGACGAGUCCAUAUCUUCGAAAUCAAACCGACAAAAGUAGAGCUGUUUAAAACACACUGUUCAUAUUCCAGUGUCUGUAGAAACGAUGAAACUCAGAAACUCGUAUCACUCAGAGCUUGGCACAUAAAUUAAAUUGUAUUCAUUUCAUUGUCCAUGUAAAAUGUCACAUUAGCAUUUAUAGUAUUACAUGGUUCAUAUUAUUUCUGAUACAUUUGUGUAAAACUAGAGAAUAAAAGAUUCAACAUUCAUAAAACACAAUAAGGUUUUUACUUUUUAGUAGUUAAGUACAUUUGUUGUUCUUCAUUCAUCAAGCGUUGCCUCCAUCUCCGUUUCCUUUGCUUGGCGUUGAAGGCACCUUCUCAGAUUCCUCUUCCUCAGCUCCAGUAGCAGGUGUUGUAGUAGGCACAGAAGGAUUCGCAGGGUUAACCAUUGGGAAAGGAGCAUACUUGUGGAAAGGCCAGCCUUGGAACGGGAAUCUAUACCUGAAGAAACCGGCAAUCGCAGAGCUUGUUGCAGGCUCAUCAUCAAUCUUGGUCAUGGAGGAUGGUGAAUCGACCUUGGUGGAUUCAGAAACUAGCAUCGCCGGAGGAUGAACAUGCGCUUUCUCGAGCUUCUUGCCUAUCGCGGCUGAUGGUGCUGCGAGUCUUGGGCUGCGAGAGCAGAGCACAGGUGGGGAAGUAAGGAAGGUGAGAAAGAUUAGGCAGAGGUAAACUCUUGACAUUGACAUUGUAUGUAGCUGACUUUGUUUUGUGUUCUUGGACUUUUAUCAGAGAGGGGAUUGUGUUUUGUUGUGUGUGUGUGGGAGUUGCUUGUGAAUGAUGGUGUUUGUUU